AUGGUGUUCUUUCACAUUCUGUUCAUAUCAAAUCUGCUACUUGUUGCUAGUAAGCAAGUAGUCAUUUCCAAUGUUCUUCCUCGAUUGGACACAAAUGGAUCCUACGUCGAUGCACACGAUGGUUGUUUGGUUAAAUUCGAUAACACCUACUUUUUGUACGGCACAGUUUAUGGUAAAUGUCAUCAGUCCACAACAAUUUGCGAUGCUGUGUGUGGUUAUUUGAACAAUACGUUCGCUUUAUAUACUUCAACGGAUCUUGUCAAUUGGACAUUCAUCAGCAAUAACGUGGUGCCUGAAGUGACCAAAGAUAAUAAUCACAUUAAUUACUGGAUGCCAAACGUCGGUUAUAACACUCGUACAAAGCAAUACGUAAUGAUCUACUGGUCAAGUAGAUACGGCUUUCAAAAUUCCAUUGUUGCUCUUGCUGUUUCUUCAACACCGUUUGGACCGUUCGUGAAUGUCGCACCGUUGAAAAUGCAAGGUGGAAAAGUCAUUAGUAGUACUACUGGAUUAUUUGUCGACGAUGACAAUACAGCUUAUGUUCGAUACAAUACUCGUGAUUCCUCGUUGCGACAUGUGAUAGAAAAGCUUUCGCCAGAUUGGAUGACAAGCACCGGCCAGUUUUCGAUUAUCUUUCAAAAGCAAGAUUAUCCUUGGUAUGAAGGUGGAGGUGUUUUCAAACGAAAAGGAGUCUAUUACACGAUGAUCAACACCGAUUGUUGUUUCUGCCAAUGGGGAGCAGAUGCGCGUACAUUCGCUACCACUGAUGUUCUCGGUAAUUGGACUUAUAUUGGUCAAUUAAAUUACUGUGCUGAUGGAAAAGCUCCACCCGACCAUGUCGACAGUAUGUCCAUAAAUCCGUGUUCGCUUCCCGAUCCGUACGGUACGAAUUUUACCAUUCCAGCUCAACAGUUCAACGUAGCCACAUUACCGAUAUCAUCUCAAGAAACUCUCUACAUGUACUACGGCGAAAGAUUUCGUUCGAGCGCAGAUGGUAUCAAAGGUCACGAUUUUCAAGCUUGGAUACCAAUCGAAUUCACCAAUGAUGAUAUUCCAAAACCAAUGAAGUUCUAUGCUAAUUUUACUAUUAAUAUUCAAGAGGAACUUAUGUAA